AGUCCAUUAAAUAUAAACAUCCGUUUUGACUAAAAAUAAACAAGUACUUGUCGGCGAAAAUUAUUUACCUACAAUAUAUGUUGAUACGAGUGAUCAGAAUGGCUAGUGAAACCAUAUUGCAGAGAUUGAAGCAAAAAGCUGAAUUGGCGGAUAAAAUUACUGUAGAAUUAAAUUCAAAAAUAGAACAGCUUAAAACCGCAGCAGUUCAAGCAAACAGUAAGGGAGAAGAAGAUCAACUUAAGAAAGAAAAUGCAGUAUUAAAAGCUGAAAUAGAAGAGAUAAAGAGACAGAUAACUCUAGCAGAAAUUAACAAUGGAGUUAAACAAGUUUUUCUGCCGCAUCACACACCAACGGCACCACUAGUAAAUGGAGUAGUUAAUGAAACAAAGGAAUCGAGUCCAGCACUAGCCAAAGAACCGGAAGUCAAUAAAAAUAAGAAACAAGAAAAUACUGCAAAACAAGCAAGUAAUGAUCAACCGAAGGAAGGGAAACCAGCAAAGGAAUCGAAACCCAAAAAAGAAGGCAAACCUAAAGCAGCACCAGCAGCAGAUGAAAAGAUGGAUAUAUCACGUUUAGAUCUACGUAUUGGUAAAAUUAUUGAUGUUAAAAAACACCCAGAUGCUGACAGUCUUUAUGUUGAGGAUGUGGACGUGGGAGAGGAGAGAAUACGAACUGUUGUUUCUGGCCUGGUAAAACAUGUUCCUUUAGAUCAAAUGCAGAAUAGAGUAGCUGUAUUUAUGUGUAAUUUAAAACCUGCUAAGAUGCGAGGUAUAUUAUCCGAGGGGAUGAUCAUGUGUGCCAGUACACCAGAAAAAGUAGAAAUUCUGGUUCCACCAGCAGGUGUAGUUGUGGGUGAAAAAGUUACAUUUAAAGAUUUCCAAGGUGUACCAGAUACUCAACUUAAUCCUAAAAAGAAAAUCUGGGAAACUUUAAAACCUGAAGUGAGAACAAAUAAUCAAUGUGUAGCUACAUUUAGAGGCUGUCCAUUUACUGUAGAAGGAAAGGGUGAAGUUAAGGCACCAACCCUAGCUGAUGCUCAGAUAUCCUAGUUAAACCAACUAGUAAUAUUAUUAACAUUGUUGCAGUGAGUGAAUUAAAGACAGUCUUUCCUCUAAUAAUUCUUUGUUCAUUUUGUUUUAAAGAGAUUUGUUGGAA